AUUUUACUGCCAGUGACUUUAUAGUAAUCAACUUGUUAUAGGCUCAGGUCAAUGAUGGGAUAUUUCAUUCUGAUGAUUCUUGUUCUUGCGCCAGGUGUUUGGAGUGGAGAUUGGUGGCUGUCCUUAGAGAGUCAGUGUGCUUUAAAGGGCACAUCAGUAGUUAUAAAGUGUGACUAUUACCCUUUUGGUUAUACUGUCACCGAGGUGCACUGGUUAAAACGGUCUGUAGCCAGUCAGCUGAAGCCAGUUCCCCUCUCUGAUCUACCUUCACCUCCAGACUUUGAAUAUGUGGGCAACAUACGUGGCGACUGUGACCUGAAGAUCAAUAACGUCCGACCCAUGGAUGAAGGACGGUACUAUUUCAGUUUUGUGACAACGCGCGACACAUGGAGUAGUAGAUACCCAGCUUAUUUGACUGUGCGAGAGUUGACCGCCAUCGUGAAGCCGACCACUGUGUCAGAAGGAUAUAAUGUCCGACUGAUCUGCGAGUCAGGCUGCCCUUCACGUAUAGGCAUUGUCUGGUUCAGAGAUGGACAAAGAGUGUCAGAACCAGAGUUCUGGGCCAGAAGAGAGGAUGCUGGGACGUACCAGUGUGCCGUCUAUGGACAAGAGAACGCCAGAUCUGCCUCUGUGGCUCUGAAUGUUCACUAUGCUCCCAAGAAUGUGACACUGUCCAUAAGUUCACCAGCAGACAUCGUCAGAGGAAGUUCAGUGACCUUCUCCUGCAGCUGUGAAGCAAACCCACCUGUGACACACAAAGGAUACAGUCUGUACAAGGACGGACAGUGGGUCAGUUUAGGACAGACCCACACCAUCAUUGAUAUGCAGCCCAGUCACAGUGGACUGUACCACUGUCAAGCAAGGAACAACAUCAGCUGGAUGGGCAUUUACAUGGUCAAAUCAACUGAGAUUCACCUUGAUGUCCAGUAUGCUCCCAAGAAAGUGACACUGUCCAUAAGUUCACCAGCAAACAUCAUCAGAGGGAGUUCAGUGACCUUCUCUUGCAGCUGUGAAGCAAACCCACCUGUGACACGCGAAGGAUACAGUCUGUAUAAGGACGGACAGUUGGUCAGUUUAGGACAGACCCACACCAUCUUUGAUAUGCAGCCCAGUCACAGUGGACUGUACCACUGUCGAGCAAGGAACAGCAUCAGCUGGAUGGGCAUUGACACGGUCAAAUCGACUGAGAUUCACCUUGAUGUCCAGCAUGAGCCCAUGAAAGUUUCAGGUUCAGUGGAGCCACAACAAGUCGCUGAGGGCGGCAGUGUGAAUCUGACCUGCAGCAGUGUGGCUAAUCCUGCAGCAGACAACUACACCUGGUACAGGAGGAGGACACAUUCAGCCAACUCCAACUCUAUUCUCCAGGUGGGCUCAGGACAGAUGCUGUCUCUUCACUCUGUGGAGGCUUCUCACUCUGGACUGUACUUCUGCCAGGCCAGGAACAGUGUGGGGGAGAACAACUCAACUGAGGUGCUUCUCACCGUGGAGACAAUGAAUCAAGGCAGCCAGUCCCACCUAAUCAUAGCGGGACUCAUUGUUAUGGUGGCUCUUGUGACAGCUCUUCUUCUGUUCUGGAAGAAACUAAGAGCGCAAAACGCUGUGUCUGGCUCCAGAGUAAAUGGCUUGAGCUCUUCAGUCAGAGAAGAUCAGCUCGACACCAUUUAUGCCAACAUCACAGUUCCAUCCGCUCCCCCUCUUACCCCAAGUUCUGACGAAGCUGACGUGAUCUACUCGACUGUGACCAUCAAACACAAAGCAACUAAUGUUACACCUCACAUUAAGUCCAAAGCAGAAGCAGAGGAGGAGAAUUCUGUGAUCUAUGCUGCUGUGGCUAAAUCCAGAGGAUCCUGAUCUUAACACAAUAGUGGACAGGAAACAACCAUUUUUGUUCAAAUUGUGAAAGAGUGGUUCAGGGAGCAUGAGACAUCAUUUUCACACAUGGAUUGGUGUCACGACCGAACAAGGAUUUGAACCCAAUAGCACGACUCAGAGACAACUUCAAAAAGUAUCACAAUUUAUUGCACAAAGUAUCAAACAAUAAUCACUCUCCAAGGAGGAAAAGUAACAACAGAAAAUCACUCUAUCGAGGAAUCACUAAAUAAGCAAAAGGGCAAAAAUAACAAAUUAUAAUGGGAGGAGACAAAAGGUUUGGGCAAAGUGUCACUCUUCACAGGGAAAAACUCAGAAGGCUCAAAAAAGCAAGACAAAGUCGCACAUAAGAAAUAAAAAUCCUGACAAACAAUUUACGUGGCAUUGGCUAUAUAUGCACUCACACCCGCCCAAGGUAAUGGGGAACAGGUGGAAACAAUCAGGGCGGGGACGAUAAUCAGACUGGCGGGACACCCACAGGGGAAGGGCAAGUUAUCUGAAACAAGAGGAAAGAGAGAUGUCAAAGUAAAACAGGAAGUCACGAGACCACAGAUACAAGACAAAACUAAAUAUAACUUAACACAACUUCCUAGAUAUGACAAUUGGCCACAGAGUCCAUACCUUAACCCCAUUGAGCAUCUUUGGGAUGUGCUGGAGAAGGCUUUGCUCAGUGGCCCGACAUCAUCAAUACAAGAGCUUGGUGAAAAAUCAAUGCAACACUGGACGGAAAUAAAUCUUGUGACAUUGCAGCAGCUUAUGGAAACAAUGCCACAGUGAAUGAGUGCCGUAAUCAAAGCUAAAGGCGGUCCAAUGAUGUGACCCUUUUUGCCGGGACCUCCUUGGUUCCCUAUUUUUGUCUAAAUGACAACCUUCGUUAAAUAAAUGAAAAUUUUCUGGUGAGACUUCGUCGUGGCGUCCCUUGUGUGGUCUCCUGCGAGCCAUGCUUCAUCUUUAAAAGGAGGCCGUAACAGGUGGCGACUUUUUUUUUGGCCAGGUAGUGUAUAACAAUAGUCUUGUCAUUUUUAGACAUUUUCAUGAAGAAAUAUUACAUAUGAUGUCUUUCAUACUUUCAUAAAUUCUAAAGUCUAAAAUAACG